AUCACCUUUAACGUGAUGCCCCGAUAAAAGGUCACAUAACUGCGCUGUGUAAGCACAGACUAGAUCUCCGUAUAGUGAAGUAGCAACAUCACCAUCUAACCAUGUUAUGUGCAUAUUUAUUGUUAGUCGCCUUCCUGGUUCAAGUAUGCCAAGGUAAUGCACAAGCAAGCCAGUGUAGCGUGAAGACAACUACGGGCAAGUGUUGUGUCUUUCCAUUCAACUAUAAAGGAACUCAAUACAACAAGUGUAUUGAUGACUAUCAUAAAAGGCCCUGGUGUGCAACAACCGAUGACUAUGACAAAGACAAGCAAUGGGGUGAUUGUGACUUGGUGUGCAAAGUCAAAACGGAAGACCACAAAUGCUGUGUUUUUCCAUUCACCUACAAAGGGAAGCAAUACGACCAGUGCAUCACAUCCACGUUCAGCGGUCUCUGGUGUGCUACAACAAGUAACUAUGACAACGAUGGUCAAUGGGGCAAAUGCGUCAUCGUACCGCAGCCUCCAGCACAAUGCGGCAAAAAACCAGGGAUACGAAUUGUGGGGGGCUCAGUGGCACAACCUGGAGAGUGGCCGUGGCAGGCUAUGUUGAUGACAUUCUAUGGGACUCAAUUCUGUGGGGGCUCACUGAUCGAUCCAUUCUGGGUUCUGACAGCAGCGCAUUGCCUUGAAGGUGUCACAACCUAUGGAAUAAGCGUCAGGCUUGGCGCCCACUACAGGAAGGGUUACGUUGGAACAGAACAAGACUUCAACGUCCAGGAGAUCAUUAUGCACCCAGAAUACAACAAACCAAAGGAGUAUAGUCACGAUAUUGCCUUGUUACGCCUCAGCAGACCUGCCAUGCUUACAAAGGCUGUCGGGACAGUUUGUCUGGGUGAGCCCGCCAUCAGUUUGGACAGUGGUAAACGCUGUUGGAUUUCGGGGUGGGGUCACCUAUCAGAGGGAGGCUCAUCUCCUAACGCCUUACACCAUGCAUCCGUUCCUAUCGUGUCUCGCUUGUCAUGUACCUGGGCGUAUCCUUUUCAGUUACAUAGUUCGAUGUUGUGUGCUGGAACCACUUCAGGAGGGGAGGACACGUGUCAAGGAGAUUCUGGUGGCCCUCUCGUCUGUGAGUUCAAUGGAAGGUGGUACCUUGAGGGCGUGACUAGUUGGGGUGAAGGAUGCGCUGCUGUAGGGACGUACGGUGUCUACGCAAGCACUCGGUAUCACAAGACUUGGAUCCAGAACACAAUGUCUUCUAGAUAAAGUAAACGCGUGCAGAUACUAUAGGAAUACGGUCUACUAUCCAAUCCCCAUGUAUCUAUUGGUAUAUAUAUAGGCAUGCGUGUAAGUAAUAGUUGCAUAUCAGGGAGAUAUAAAGUUAAAAGACUAUCGUAGUGUAAUAAUUUCAUUGCAGUCAAUCGAUCUAUUGAGCAAUAAACAUGAUUAUGAGGCACUGUCAAAUGCAGAGACGGA